AAGAAGCUCCAGGUGGUUUCGAACAGUGAGCAGAGCUCAGUCGGCAGCGCCGAGCAGAGACCCAAUCGACUCCGCGAUUUUGCUAAAACGGCGUCGUCUUCUUCGUUCUACGGUGCUGUGAAUUGAGUUUUGGAGCUGGAUUUGACUUGUUGAGAUGGGGAAAACGCCGGGGAAAUGGAUCAAGAAUUUGCUUCUUGGGAAGAAAUCGUCCAAAGGAAGAGAGAAAUCUGCAAGUAAAGGGGAGUCGGUGUUCUCUUCAAAGCUGUCUGUGCCGGAGUUCACUGUCAGUGCACCUGUGAUAUCACUACCAUUGGUUGCGACGGUUGUUAGUAACGGAGUGGACUCAGAAAUCAGAGCAGCUGCAGAAGUACCGAAUGAUAACAUUACACUUUCGUCGGGAAAGGAUGAUGGACAGACACAGGCUAUCUCUAGUUCGGGGUCUCAGGAUCUUCGGAAGCGAGAGGAAGCGGCCACAAAGGCGCAGAGUGCUUAUAGAGGAUAUGUGGCUCGCCGUGCAUAUCGAACCCUGAAGGGCAUCAUAAGGCUGCAAGCACUUAUUCGUGGUCAUUUGGUCAGAAGACAAGCUGUAUCCACAUUGUUAUGUGUCCAGGGGAUUGUGAAGUUUCAAGCACUGAUUCGUGGUCAGCAUGUUAGACAUUCGGAUAUUGGAGUUGAAGUGCAUAAAAUACAUCAGGGUGAUACAUGUUUCGGUUACUCUGGUGAAACUGCAUCGUCCCAAGUGGAGAGGCUUCCAAAAAAUGCUUUUGCUCAGAAGCUUCUGGCAUCAUUGCCUACUGCUAGUCCUCUACGUCUCCAGUAUGGUCCAGAGGAUCCGAACUCGUCCGGGGUGUGGCUUGACCGGUGGACCAGAUCAUGCUUUUGGGAACCUGUUUUACAACUAAAGAAAAAACCUGAUCCGAAAUCUCGUGGCAAAUACAAGAAGAUUCAAACAGUAGAAACUGAACCAGCUAAGCCAAAAAGAACUGUCCGCAGACUAUCCAAUGAAAAUGGGCCAAAUCGUGUCACUUCAGAUUCUGAAAAGCCUAAACGAAUUAUGAGGAAAGUUUCAAGUCAUCCAGUGAACUCAGUUCAGGAACAUCAACAGAAUGGAGUUGAGAAGCACAAAAGUAAUGUUAGAAAAGUAUCUGAUCCCAAGGAGGUUUCUAAUUCCAAGAAGGUUUCUGAUCCCAAGAAGAAGGUUUCUGAUCCCAAGGAGGAGGUUUCUGGUUCCAAGAAGAAGGUUUCUGAUUCCAAGGAGGAGGUUUCUGAUCGGUCAGAGGUUGAUAAGGAGAUACCGAAGCACAGUACAGAGAUAGUUAUAGCCCCUGCUCUUGAUGAUGCAGAGCAGCGCACUAGCGAGAGUUCUCCAAAGAUGCAACAUGUGGAAGUUUCUGUCUCCAAACACUCUGAUCCAGAAUGUAUGGAGUUGACACCAACAAAUGAGACAUUGCAAAAGUUAGAUGACCAUUCUUCUGGUGACAUGCAAUCCAUGGAGAACAAUGGCAAAAAUGAAGAAAUUCAACCACUAAAUGAGGUUCUAACCUCUGCAGACAACUUUAUUAGCAAUGAGGAACAAAAACACAGCCAGAGAAGGGCUUCCUUACCUGUGAAGUUUGAUCAUCGGGAGAAUGGGCUUCAGACCACACCAAGAGUUCCAAGUUACAUGGCACCAACUGAAUCUGCCAGAGUUCCAAGUUACAUGGCACCAACUGAAUCUGCCAGAGCUAGGCUGAAAGGACAGGGCUCCCCCAGGUUUGCACGAGACGUGGUUGAGAAGAAUCUUUUAACCAGACGGCAUUCUCUGUCUUCUUCCACCAACACCAAGUUAAGUUUACUUUCUCCUCGAGCACAAAAAUUGGUUCAAGGCAAAGGAGUGAUCAGGACCGACAGAUCUUUAUCAUCUUCAAGGGAUGGUUUUGAUAAGGGGAUCCAACCUGAGUGGAGGAGGUGAAUUUAGAUGAGGCAGCAGUACUCCAUGGAAAUAUAUCAAAGGCAGGCAAAAAA